AUGACUUCAACACAAAAGUCUUUUACCGAGUCUGGAAGUUUAAAAAACCACCAGCUCAUUCACAGUGGAGUUAAACCUUACAGCUGUGAGUUGUGUGGAAAGUCUUUUACCCGGGCUGAAAGCUUACAAAGACAUCGACUCAUCCACAGUAGAUUUAAACCUUACAGCUGUGAUGAGUGUGGGAAGUCUUUUACCCAGGCUGGACACUUAAAAAAACACCAACUCAUCCACAGGGGAGUUAAACCUUACAGCUGUGACUUGGUUGGAAAGUCUUUUACCCAGGCUGGAGACUUAAAAAAACACCAACCCAUCCACAGGGGAGUUAAACCUUACAGCUUUGACUUGUGUGGAAAGUCUUUUGCCCAGGCUGGAGACUUAAAAAACCACCAACUCAUCCACAGCGGAGUUAAACCUUACAGCUGUGAUGAGUGUGGGAAGGAUUUUACCCAGACUGGACAUUUAAAAACACACCAACUCAUCCACAGGGGAGUUAAACCGUACAGCUGUGAUGAGUGUGGGAAGUAUUUUACCCGGGCUGAAAGCUUACAAAGACAUCGACUCAUCCACAGUAGAUUUAAACCUUACAGCUGUGAUGAGUGUGGGAAGGAUUUUACCCGGACUGGACAUUUAAAAACACACCAACUCAUCCACAGUGGAGUUAAACCGUACAGCUGUGAUGAGUGUGGGAAGUAUUUUACCCGGGGUGGAGACUUAAAAAGACACCAACUCAUCCACAGGGGAGUUAAACCGUACAGUUGUGACUUGUGUGGAAAGUCUUUUACCCGGGCUGGAAACUUAGAAACACACCAACUCAUCCACAGUGGAUUUAAACCUUACAGCUGUGAGUUGUGUGGAAAGUCUUUUGCCCAGGCUGGAGGUUUAAAAAGACACCAACUCAUCCACAGUGGAGUUAAACCUUACAGCUGUGAGUUGUGUGGAAAGUCUUUUACCGAGUCUGGAGGUUUAAAAAGACACCAACUCAUCCACAGUGGAGUUAAACCUUACAGCUGUGAGUUGUGUGGAAAGUCUUUUACCCAGGCUGGAUGCUUACAAAGACAUCGACUCAUCCAUAGUAGAUUUAAACCUUACAGCUGUGACUUGGGUGGAAAGUCUUUUACCCAGACUCGACAAUUAAAAAAACACCAACUCAUCCACAGGGGAGUUAAACCUUACACCUGUGACUUAGGUGGAAAGUCUUUUACCCAUGCUCGAGACUUAAAAAACCACCAACUCAUCCACAGGGGAGUUAAACAUUACAGCUGUGACUUGUGUGGAAAGUCUUUUACCCAGGCUGGAGACUUAAAAAAACACCAACCCAUCCACAGGGGAGUUAAACCUUACAGCUGUGACUUGUGUGGAAAGUCUUUUGCCCAGGCUGGAGACUUAAAAAACCACCAACUCAUCCACAGGGGAGUUAAACCUUACAGCUGUGAUGAGUGUGGGAAGGAUUUUACCCGGACUGGACAUUUAAAAACACACCAACUCAUCCACAGGGGAGUUAAACCGUACAGCUGUGAUGAGUGUGGGAAGUAUUUUACCCGGGGUGGAGACUUAAAAAGACACCAACUCAUCCACAGGGGAGUUAAACCGUACAGUUGUGACUUGUGUGGAAAGUCUUUUACCCGGGCUGAAAACUUAAAAACACACCAACUCAUCCACAGUGGAUUUAAACCUUACAGCUGUGAGUUGUGUGGAAAGUCUUUUGCCCAGACUGGAGGUUUAAAAAGACACCAACUCAUCCACAGUGGAGUUAAACCUUACAGCUGUGACUUGUGUGGAAAGUCUUUUACCCAGACUCGAGACUUAAAAAAACACCAACUCAUCCACAGGGGAGUUAAACCUUACAGCUGUGACUUGGGUGGAAAGUCUUUUACCGAGGCUGGAGGCUUUAAAGCACACUAA